AAACCCUCCUCCGCCGCCGCCGCCGGAGCGACGCGGAGGUGGGCUGCGAGCCCCGGCCGGGCCGGGCUCAGCGGGGGGGUUCAUCUGGGCCGCACAAGUCCGGUCUGGCAGAUCCGGAGGGGCGAGAAGCGGACCGAACCGGCGGCCAGCCGGGGGCUGGAGAGGGCGAAUCAGAGGGAUAAGGUCACCGGAGGGAAAAGGGGGAGUGGAUUUGGAGGUGGCGUUAGAGUUCUUAAUUUGAAUGUCAACACUUGCAUCGGGUAUCGGAACCCGGUGAGCUGUAGGGGUAACGGCAAGGAUGGGGUGACCGGCGGUGGCCGGACCGCCAGUGAGGACGGUGGAGGCAAUGGGAGCCUCUUUAGUUUGAGAUCCUUCUUCUCGAAGAAGGUCUACUGAUGAUGUAGAGAGAGACUUUUUCCCCUUUUUUUGGAUGGUUUUUGUUUAAAUUUGUUUCCUUUUGGUUAAUCAUGCUUACUUGUAAUUAACCACUCUUUUAAAGUAAUCUACUCUUGUCUAUUUUGAACUCUAA